UCAAAUUCAAACUAUUGUUGAUUAUUUCUCCAAAAAUCCAAACACUGAAUUACCAGAUGAUCAGGAUGUCUCUGACAUAGAUUCUGAAGAGGAGAUUUCGGGUGAUCAGACUAAUGCAUCGGAGGAAAUUUCAGCUGAGGCUAUGUGUAAUUUUAUGUCUGGUAAAAGUAAAGCCAGAAGUCGAACAGGUGCACGAUAUUUUGAUGAAUUCCGCACGCAUUUUUGGGAGAGAUCUGAGGAUGAAUUCGAUAGAGUCCGCGGUAUUAAUACUUUUAACCGAAGACGAAGUAGAGGAAGUGGAUAUAUUACGCCCAUACCAUCAACUAGGGAUGUCGAACGUGAAUUGAGAUCAUCUGAAAGACGGUUAAGCCGAAGUUCGUCUAUUAGUCGAAGUCAGUCACCAUCUAUUACCCGAAGACAAUCGCCAUCUGUUAGUAGAAGACAGUCCCUUCCCGUUAGAGAAAGACGCUCAACAAUUCCGCCUGUUAGCUCGUUAACCACCAACGAUGAAAUGGAUAUUUCCGAUACAGAGCAGUUGGUUGGCCAGAGAAGAACUUCCACGCAUGAAGAACUGUCCUUAUCACUUCAUCCACCACCAUCUUAUGAUAUUGCCACUGCCCAAGAAUCGUCAAAUGUGAGGG